AUGACUGCUAUUGAUGAUUACAAUUUAAGAGAAACAUCAAUUCAAAAUAGCGAAAGUUUCUCGAGUCAUCAAGACGAUAUAAACUGGUAUAUGACUACUAUUAAUGAUUACAAUUUAAGAGAAACAUCAACUCAAAAUAGUGAUAGUUCAUCGAGUCAUCAAGACGAUAUAAACUGGUAUAUGACUGCUAUUAAUGAUUACGGUUUACGAGAAAUCUCUUUUGAUAAUCUUGGAACAAUGAAACGGAUAGAUACUGGUUCAUUUGGAGCAGUUUAUCAGACAAAUUACAAAUUGAUAGAAAAAAGUGUUACGUCUUUGGACUUGUGGUAUCCGACUCUUGUUAAUGAUUAUGGGUUGAAAGAAAUUUGUUAUACCAACUUUGGAGAAAAGAAAAGGAUAGAUAAAGGUUCAUUUGGAACAGUUUAUUUAACAACAAAGAAAAAAAUGGUUGCAGUGAAGGAUGUGUUUAUUUCAUCGGAUGAUGAUUAUAAAACUAUCAAAAAUUUUAUUAAUGAGGUAUAA